CUCAUCAUUAGCAACAAAAGUACAGAUUUAUAUACGAUAAAACAGAUGGCGCUGUCGGUCAAUUUACGCUAGUCUCCCGAGACCUGAAACACCUCUUUACCUUUUCAGACCAAUAUGAGUGGGGAACAGGUUCCCAUUCGUAUUGUAUGCUUCUAACGUACAUUAAAGGAGAAACGCCAUUUCCUAAAUUUAGUGCCACAUUUAUGUUGGAUGAUGUAAUAGUAGGACACUACAAUACAGAGACUAAGAACUAUGUUGCAAGAGGAAAUACUACAAAUGAAGAUGAUGUGGUCGAUCCAAAACACUUCAGAGCUAUAAGUGAACAUUUACAAAAUCAUCUUACGGACAGAUCAUCAUAUCUAAAACCUGUCAACAGUACAGAAGGGCCUCUUGUUUAUCAGCUGAUGGGUGUUUGUGAGCUUUUUGACAAUGACAAAAGUGGACAACUGGUCACCAAGGGUGCUUUUGGAGGCUCUACAACUGAUGAACUACGUUUUUUUGAUGACAAAUUCACAAUUAGUUAUGAUGUCAAUUACACAGCACAAGAAAUGAAACCCUUCCUAGACUUGACCACAUGGCGUCAUAAACAUUUGUAUUACCCAGCCUGCAUAACAACAUUGAAGAAUUACCUUAAAAUUAGGGGGACACAAGUGAACAGGAAAGUGAAACCACGAGUCAGACUUAUUCAGAGAGCCUCAUCAGAUUCUGGAGGGUCUCGUUUGAGUUGUUUGGCAACAGGAUUUUACCCUCGUCACAUCAAUCUGACCCUGUUCAUAGACGGGCAGCCUGUAGCUGAUCAUGAGAUCACUGGAGGAGAUCUGCUGCCCAAUGAUGACGGGACGUACCAGAUGAGGAAGAGUCUGGAGAUCAGUGCUGCAGACAAACACAAAUACACCUGCUCUGCCACACACCUCAGUCUGGACAACACACUGGAUGUCAUUUUGGAGAAUCAAGGGGAAACUUCUACAUCAAUGAUUUUCUGGGUCCUCUUGGUUUUGGCAUGGCUGGUGUUUGGGUCUAUCAUUGGAGCUGCUUAUCAUUGGAGAUGCUGGAGAUGUGCAGUUUGCUCUACAAGUGAAUAUUCACCUGCUUCCUAAUCUGAGGAAUAUGUGGAGACACCAUCAUAACGUUUAUGUAUAUUUGCUUAUAGUGAGCUACACGGAUGAGUGAAGAAUCAUCUUCAAACAAUGAGCAAAAAAAACUUAGUUGCUUGGUUUUGUGAUAAAAAUUCAAAGAAAUACAAAAAUAAAUACAAAUACAAAUUUGCUAAACAGUCCCUGAGAAGCGUUCUGAGAUGUGCACAGUCAUUAAUUAUAUGGUGAGGCAAGAGUUUACAGUAUUUUUAAAAAAUGGUAUGCUCCGAUUUGUAACAGCGGGAAUGAUAUGUAUAUAAGAUGGCUGUCACUAGUAGUAUAA